CAACCAUCAUUUAAUGAAGAAGACUGAUCAGAAGUUCAAGGACCUGCCACAGAUGGCCGGUCAUUCCGUCCAUCGUCAGGCUCAGAGGCCCCCCAGAGCCAAAAACCCACAGGAGCAGCAGAGGAGACCCAUGGGGCGGAUGACUCCCCCAGCAGAGCAGGAGGAAUCCAGGGUGAAAUGCAAGAACUGCGGGGCCUUUGGGCACUCAGCCAGGAGCAAGACCUGCCCCAUUAAGAGGUGGAGUGGGGCCCUUCCUCUGCAGGCCCUGGGCUCACACAAGGAGAAGGAGAACCUGAAACCAGCAAAGGCCCAGCUACCCCAGGCUCCACGGCCCUUUACGACGAAUGACAGAGAAAAGGAGCAAAGUCCAAGUCCCCAGCAGCAGCAGAGCGAAGCUCCGAAGCAGACAUUUCCCAGAACUCCCCAAGAGAAAACGCAGGAAGCCUGGAAGGAGCCAGCAGAAGACUGUUUGUUCCUGAGGCAUCCUACCAUGCCACUGCCUGUCCACACCACCAAGAAGAGAUCUGUCCUGGGCCCUGCGUCCACAGGUCCACUGCCUGUCAACAAACCCGAGAUGAGAUUACUCUGCCCUUCGGGUCACAACGAUGGACCUCAACUAAGCACCUGUGGACCCACCAAGGGACAUGGCGGGGACGUUACUGCCUCCCUGCUCCCUGUUCUGCAGAGCUCCCACCAGACCCCCACUCUCAGUGCCAGGCUGCCAGCCAACAGGCCUGACAUGUCCUCCCACGGUGCUCUCCAGCCUGCCAUGCAGGUGCUUGCCCUGGGUCCUGGCCUUAAAUCCCAGGCAGAAAUCAAACAUCCCGACACAGAUGCAAAGCCCAGACCACAGCAAGUCAGACAACAGUGUGGCCAGGACUCCAGAACCCAGGCACCAGACAAGGAUCCUGCCCCCGUGCCCACCCAGACUUUCCAGAACCCCGCAAAGAAAGCAAGAUUCAGCUCCUUCCAGACCCCUGCACUGAGAACUCAGCUCCCGGAUGUGGGCGCUGUGCAGACACUCCAGCCUCCCCACACUGCAACUGGACUUGGAUCCAAACAGGCACCCGAGGCGACCACAGAGACAGCAGCCACCAAGACAGCAACCCUGCAGCCUAGAGUCAACCUCCAGCCCGCACCCAGCUCACCUGUCCUGGGCCCAGCCCAGGGCUGCCCCAUCCUCCAACCUGGACCACCCAUUCAUGUUCCAGGGAGGCCCGGCAGUGUCACCUUUAUGAGAGGGGACGAGGGACAGAAGAGCCCCAGGUUCAGAACGCCUCCCACAUCCCGUCCUCCUGAAAACUCUGCUUCCGCUCAGAGCCCUCGCUUCUCAAGGCAGCCUGAGGGGCGGGGUCCCCAGGUCUCAACGAGUGUCCUCUUUGAGGACCUUCUGGUCACUUCCUCCUCUGAGGACAGUGACAGUGACUGAGGCCCCCAAGGCAAGAAGACCCAGCUUCAAGCCCGUGCGACUUGGAAGAGGCUGAAAGGCUGAGAAGGGGAGAGGCAGGAAGCAGCCCUGUGCGGGGUCAGCCCUUCCCUGGCAGUGGUGUCUGUUCAAACGUGGAUGCCAGAUACUAUCGGGGAUCAAUGAACCUUGCCUAUUUACAUUAUGUAAAUUUAACCUGUAUUAAAAUGGGGCUGUUGAAAGUGUCCUAUAGAUUUCUUUUUCAAUUACAUAUAAUUAUAUGAGAAACUGAGUCAACAUAAGCAAACAAUGCUCCACUAGUGUCAAUAGAAAGCUCUGAAACUCAUCUGAGGGAGGGAGCAAACCACUGAAAUUUGAGUAAUUCUGGGCAAAGGGCCCUUCGAUGGUAGUGGAAAACAUCAGUGUCUCCUGACUCAAGAAUAUUUGACUGUGAAGGACAGUUGUAGUGAGAAACACUUAGCCUUGGAAAAUGGGAAAUUUUUUUUGCCUUGCAAGAAUUUUUUUAAAAAUCAGUGAAUUCAAAUAUUUAAGAAACUUUUUCAUAGCCUAUAGUUUUUUUUAUUAGUCCAUUCAAAUAUGUAAUAAACUGUUCUUCAUACCCUCUACAUUUUUCCGGGAUAUAAAACAAGGGAAAUACUCCAUUUAUUUUAUGAAGCUACCUAGACUCUGAUUUCCACUGUGGUAGAGAGGGCAUCUCAGCUAGCGCAUGUGUAAAGUUGAGGUACCAAUAUUCUCAAUGUUGGAGCUAUUCAGUGGAUUCAAUAAGUUAUGCAAAGCACGUCAUGAAUGGCACAUGGUAAAUUAUAUCUUACUAUUAUUAUUAUCAUACCACAAGUAAACAAUAGAGUAACUUGAAGUUUUUAAACGAAUUUCAUUUAUAAGGAUGUAUUCUACUAGCCUUGGAACUUUUGUUAUUAAAUGUCAUUGUAAAAUUCUGUUUGGUUAAUUUCUUUCCAUAUGAAUAAAAUUCUUUGAACUAUGA